AUGAAUCUUGGAUACUUUCUACUCUUAGUAGCCUUAGCCACUGCUUCCCAAAGUAGUGGUUCCGUCAAUGUCAAUGUCUGCUCUUAUACUGCCAAGCGAGCUUACCAUAGCAUCAGCGACCGAUUCUUUGAUGAGGAAGACUAUAUUGCUAGGGCUACAAAAUUUCGAUGCUGCGAUGGCUGGACAAGGGCCGGCGGUAAUCGAGAAGGAAAUGCACCUUGCUUUAUUCCAACUUGCAAGGUACCCUGUGGCAAUAAGGAAUCUUGUUAUAAGCCAGAUAAGUGCUUAUGCGUCUUGGGCUAUAGAGGAUGUCAAUCAACAACUUAUAAUGCGACGAAUGGAAAAAAAAGAUCGCCUUUUGAUCAAUUCACACGUUGGGCAGCGGAUAUCGACGUUGGAAGUGAAGAAAAUUUUGACAAUAAUUUAUUCGAUCGCGAUGCUGAACAACAUAGCAAAAGAUCGACUAGCCAAACCUGUCCAGUAGCAUUGCCGCAAAAUGCUAGCCCCAACUGUACCAUCCAGCGCCAAACAGAAUUAGCUACUAAUCGUGUUAUUUAUAAAAUCCGUACUACGCCUAAUUUUAAUGACUCUGGUCGUGAUUUAGAUGUAUUACUUACUCCAUUAUGGGACAUCGAUCCACCAACGGCUUUUGGUGUUGGAGCCAGUGACCCCUUUGAAGCACCUUGGUUAAAUCAAUACUUUUUUAUAUUGGGAACCAACGGACAAUUAGUCCAGACUUACUUAAGUCUAGGAAAUAAUUCUGUCCGGGAAUUUUCUAGUAUUUCAGAUUGGCGAGAAUUAUUUUUCUUCUUCUAUAUGUUUCAUGUGGACCAAGGAAAUGUCCCAACUAAUAUCAAUGAUUUAAUUAUUGAUAUGUGGCAAGAUGAUCGUGUAUUUGCAGAGCAGCAAAUUGCCGGAUUAAAUCCAUUCCCCGUGAAGCGCGUUAUCGGCAAGCCUUGUCCACGAGGAUGGACGUUAAUUGGAGAGAAUUGCUAUAGAAUGUUCCGUGGAUACCCUUACAGCAAUUUUAAUGCUGCAAAACAUGUCUGCGAAUGCCAUAUCAGCCAUCUAGCAGAUCUAUCGGAUUCACAGGAAGCCGCUAAAGUAAAUAAGCGAUAUAAAUUUGCUUCUGUCCCCGUUUAUGUUGACGGCGGUAACGGUACAUGGCCCGAUGGCACUCCAGUUGUGGGUGCCAGCAAUCAACCUAGUGCAUUCCGUCGAUGUUUAACAGCUGGAUUUACUCAAUCUGGCUUAAAAUUAAGAUACAGUUUCUGUUUCUGGCCUUUGAGAAAAAUAUUAUGUCAAAAAGCUGCUAAUUUAAAUGGCGUUAAGAUCUCAACCUUAAAAUCCGUUCUAAACCCAUCAUUCAAGUGGAAGAAAGCAAUUCGAUCCAAACUGGCUUCUAAUUCGCCUUAUUAUAGUAAUACCUUUGUUGAUGCUGUGCAAGAUGGUAGGGUAUACGUAUCAGAAUUUCCUGAGCUUAGAGGAAUAAGAACCAGCCCCGAUUUUGAAGAAAUACCAAAUGAUGGUAGAACUAUGAUGACUUUAAUGUCGCCAAUUGCAAUCUUUGUUUCAAAUCCGGACGUCAACCAUGGAGAAUUUUUGCCUGUUGCUAUUCAGAUCAAUAGUACUCAAAAUUCGCCAGUAUAUACACCAGAUGAUGGCGAUAACUGGACCAUUGCUAAAAUUUUAGUUCAAAUGUCCGCUUUUACUACCGCUGAAUUAUUAGAACAUUUAUUGCAUACUCAUCUAGUCAACGAUCCCUUAUGUGUAUCAGGUAAACGAAAUAUACCAAUAACACAUCCUGUGGGCCAACUUAUUCGCCAACAUUGUAGAGGAACAUUGACUACGAAUAAAGUUGGCGAAUUAAGCUUAAUACCACUCGGUGGUAGAGUGGACAGAAUCCUGACUGUUGGAUUCAAGGGACAAAAUGACGUUAUAAAUAAUGGAUUUAAUACCUGGUCAUUUAAUAAUCACGACCCUAAUUAUCGAUUAAAGAAAUCUGGAUUAUUGGAUAAGCAAGCACUUCCUUUCUUUCCUUACCGAGAUGAUGGGCUAGAAUUAUAUAAAGCUAUUGGUGAUUUUAUACGAGAUUACGUUAACCUAUAUUAUGUAGAUGAUGCAACUGUAGUUGCCGAUCAUGAAAUGCAACGUUGGGCAAACGAAAUUGCUUUAGGUGCUACAGGUACUCCAGACUCAGGCAAAGGCAAAUUACGCGACUUCCCUCAAUCUUUCACUACAAAAGCUCAAGUCAUCGAUGUAUUGCAUAAAUUCGUUUGGUCUUCUUCUUGCCAACAUGCAGCAGUUAAUUUUCCAGUCAUUGAAUAUGGCACUUUUCUACCUAAUAUGCCUGGUAAAAUUUAUAACGUGGACGGUGUAACAGGAUUUGACCCAAUAAAAUUCCCAACCAAGACCCAAUCUUUAACUCAUGUAGAAGUUGGCUUCAACUUGGCUUCAUUACAUUUCGAUAGUUUGUUCGAUUAUGCAGCUAGCAUGGCAGAUAGCGAUGCUGAAGAGUUGGUCUUCGAAUUCAAGGCUCGCAUUGAUACCAUUCAAGCUAAUUUAGUGGCUAGAAAUAACGCCAAUGUUGCCAAUGGCCAUUUGAGCUAUAAGUACCUUCAUCCAAAAAAUGUACCAAAUAGCAUUAGUAGUUAA